AUGGAGGGCGUCGACGCAGACAGAUUGGAGCUUUUCCUAGCCAAGACAGAGGGCGGCGCGUGGUUGGAUGAGGCUGGCGUAGCUUCUGUGGCGCUUGAUGAACGUGGAAACCCUCGAAACCACGUGCAGAUGGAUCCAACACUCUGGAUCAAGAAUUCUAUGCAUUUUGGCGAUAAUUUCCAACCAGAUGAAGACCAAAUUCACGUGCUGGUGGUGGUUCCUGUUGACAUUGGUGUUACUCCUUCCAAAUUGCUCAGAUAUAAGCAGCAGGAUACAGUCGCUGGAUCGUACAUGCACAAUUUAUCUCAAUUCUUAUUACGAUUAUCGGUUCCAUCAGUGUUGUGUUCUACGGGUAGAAUCCAACCGACGAAAAAGGAUGUCUAG